UUUGGCGUCAGAUUAGAUGUUCAAAUGAAGCUGUGUUUUGAGGCUGUUAGUGAAUGUCUGUAGCACUCCUAAUGAGGCUAAUCCCAUGGCAGCACAUUCCAAGUAACUAAUGGGCGCAAGUUCAUUGCUUACUUUAACAUCUCCUGGUUAAGAAUGGAAUGAAUGACUUAUCUGGUGGGUGAUCGUUAUUAGCAGAAUGUCCAGCAGCAAUAGAAAGUUGACAACACAAAUUGACCAGGGAGAACUUUAGAAAGAGUGAAAUGUGGCUGCUCAGGCUCAGAAGUCAUGGAUAGAAAGAGCAUUUUAUAAACGGGAAUGUGUUCAUAUCAUAGCCAGCACCAAAGACCCCCAUAGGUGUUGCUGUGGACGCCUAAUAGGUCAACAUGUGGGACUUACGCCAAGUAUCUCUGUUAUUCAGAAUGAGAAAAAUGAAAGCCGACUUACUCGAAAUGACCUCCAGUCGGAGAAGUGGUCAAUCAGCAAGCACACUCAACUCAGCCCUACUGAUGCCUUUGGAACCAUUGAGUUCCAAGGAGGAGGUCACUCGAAUAAAGCUAUGUAUGUACGUGUGUCUUUUGACACAAAGCCUGAUCUUCUUCUACACUUGAUGACAAAGGAAUGGCAACUUGAGCUACCUAAGCUUCUUAUCUCUGUCCAUGGAGGUCUCCAGAACUUUGAACUCCAGCCCAAGCUCAAGCAAGUUUUCGGGAAAGGUCUCAUCAAAGCUGCCAUGACUACUGGGGCAUGGAUAUUUACUGGAGGAGUGAACACAGGAGUUAUUCGACAUGUUGGUGAUGCAUUGAAAGACCAUGCCUCAAAAUCUAGAGGGAAGAUCUGCACAAUUGGUAUAGCUCCCUGGGGAAUUGUAGAAAACCAAGAGGAUCUGAUUGGCAAAGAUGUAGUCCGGCCAUACCAAACGAUGUCCAAUCCAAUGAGUAAAUUGACAGUACUUAACAGCAUGCACUCUCAUUUUAUUUUGGCUGAUAAUGGGACUACAGGCAAAUAUGGUGCAGAAGUUAAACUUCGUAGGCAGUUGGAAAAGCACAUUUCACUUCAGAAGAUAAAUACAAGGAUUGGGCAAGGGGUUCCAGUAGUGGCUCUCAUUGUGGAAGGAGGACCCAAUGUCAUUUCUAUUGUCCUAGAAUACCUACGCGACACUCCCCCAGUUCCAGUGGUAGUCUGUGAUGGCAGUGGUCGAGCAUCUGAUAUCCUUGCAUUUGGACACAAGUACUCUGAAGAAGGAGGUCUUAUCAAUGAAUCUCUGAGGGACCAGUUACUUGUAACCAUCCAGAAGACCUUCACCUACACCCGGACCCAAGCACAGCAUCUUUUCAUAAUCCUCAUGGAGUGCAUGAAGAAGAAGGAACUGAUUACUGUGUUUCGUAUGGGAUCAGAAGGGCACCAGGACAUUGAUCUAGCCAUCUUGACAGCUUUGCUAAAAGGAGCUAAUGCAUCUGCUCCAGAUCAACUGAGUCUAGCAUUAGCCUGGAACAGGGUAGACAUCGCUCGCAGCCAGAUUUUUAUUUAUGGGCAACAGUGGCCGGUGGGGUCCCUUGAACAAGCAAUGCUGGAUGCCCUGGUGCUGGACAGAGUGGAUUUUGUGAAAUUGCUCAUAGAGAAUGGAGUAAGCAUGCACCGUUUUCUCACCAUCUCCAGACUAGAGGAAUUGUACAAUACGAGACAUGGGCCAUCCAAUACAUUGUAUCAUCUUGUCAGAGAUGUCAAAAAGCGUGAAUAUCCAGGUUUCGGUUGGAUCUAUUUUAAGGGAAACCUACCUCCAGACUAUAGGAUAAGUCUGAUUGAUAUUGGCCUGGUGAUUGAAUACCUGAUGGGAGGAGCUUAUCGUUGUAAUUAUACUCGAAAACGCUUCCGAACCCUCUAUCACAACUUGUUUGGCCCCAAGAGACCCAAAGCCCUGAAACUCCUGGGAAUGGAGGAUGAUGUUCCCAUACGGAGGGGAAGAAAGACAACUAAAAAACGAGAAGAGGAAGUUGAUAUUGACUUGGAUGAUCCUGAGAUUAAUCAUUUCCCUUUCCCUUUCCAUGAAUUGAUGGUGUGGGCUGUUCUUAUGAAGCGGCAAAAGAUGGCCCUCUUCUUUUGGCAACAUGGAGAGGAAGCCAUGGCUAAGGCCUUAGUAGCCUGCAAGCUCUGUAAAGCCAUGGCCCAUGAAGCAUCAGAGAAUGAUAUGGUAGAUGAUAUAUCUCAAGAACUGAACCACAACUCCAGGGACUUUGGCCAGCUGGCAGUGGAGCUCCUGGACCAAUCCUACAAGCAGGAUGAGCAGCUGGCAAUGAAACUACUGACCUAUGAGCUGAAGAACUGGAGCAACGCCACAUGCCUGCAACUCGCAGUGGCAGCAAAGCAUCGAGAUUUCAUUGCCCACACUUGUAGCCAAAUGCUGCUCACAGACAUGUGGAUGGGCAGGCUUCGGAUGCGUAAAAAUUCAAGCCUAAAGGUAAUUCUAGGAAUUCUACUUCCUCCUUCAAUUCUCAGCUUGGAGUUCAAGAACAAAGAUGACAUGCCUUACAUGUCUCAAGCCCAAGAAAUCCAACUUCAAGAAAAAGAGCCAGAGGAACCAGAAAAACCAGUUAAAGAAAAAGAAGAGGAGGACAUGGAACUUACAGCAAUGCUGGGACGAGGCAAUGAAGAGUCAUCACGAAAGAAGGAGGAAGAGGAAGUUCACAGCAGGCAUAGAUUGAUCCCCUUUGGACGGAAAAUCUAUGAAUUCUACAAUGCACCAAUUGUUAAAUUUUGGUUUUACACUAUGGCAUACAUUGGGUACCUGAUGUUGUUCAACUAUAUUGUGUUGGUGAAGAUGGAUCGCUGGCCUUCCACACAGGAGUGGAUAGUGAUCGCAUAUAUUUUUACAAUGGGGAUUGAAAAGAUGAGAGAGAUAUUAAUGUCAGAACCUGGGAAGCUGCUGCAGAAGGUGAAAGUGUGGCUUCAAGAGUAUUGGAACGUUACCGAUCUCAUUGCCAUUCUCCUGUUCUCUGUGGGUAUGGUACUUCGCCUCCAGGAUCUGCCAAUCAGGAGUGAUGGUCGUGUGAUAUACUGUGUCAACAUCAUUUACUGGUAUAUCCGAUUGCUAGACAUCUUCGGGGUGAACAAGUAUUUGGGGCCAUAUGUAAUGAUGAUUGGGAAAAUGAUGAUAGACAUGAUGUAUUUUGUCAUUAUUAUGCUGGUGGUUCUGAUGAGCUUUGGUGUUGCAAGGCAGGCAAUUCUUUUCCCCAAUGAAGAGCCUUCGUGGAAAUUGGCAAAGAACAUUUUUUACAUGCCCUACUGGAUGAUCUAUGGGGAAGUGUUUGCAGACCAGAUAGACCCUCCUUGUGGCCAAAAUGAAACAAGAGAAGAUGGUAAAAUAAUCCAGCUGCCACCCUGCAAAACAGGAGCAUGGAUUGUUCCUGCCAUCAUGGCUUGCUAUCUCUUGGUUGCAAACAUACUUUUGGUGAACUUACUCAUUGCAGUCUUUAACAACACAUUUUUUGAAGUUAAAUCUAUAUCGAACCAAGUAUGGAAGUUUCAGAGGUAUCAGCUUAUUAUGACGUUCCAUGAAAGACCAGUCUUACCCCCUCCUCUGAUCAUCUUCAGUCACAUGACUAUGAUAUGUCAACAUAUAUGCUGCAGGUGGAGGAAACAUGAAGGUGACCCAGAUGAGACAGACUAUGGGUUGAAACUGUUUAUAACAGAUGAUGAACUGAAGAAAGUUCAUGAUUUUGAGGAACAAUGCAUAGAAGAAUAUUUCAGAGAGAAAGAGGAUAGAUUCAAUUCUUCUAAUGAUGAAAGAAUCCGCGUUACAUCUGAAAGGGUAGAGAAUAUGGCUAUGAGACUGGAAGAAGUGAAUGAACGAGAGCAUUGCAUGAAGGCUUCACUUCAGACUGUAGACAUCCGGCUUGCUCAACUGGAAGACAUGAUAGGGCGAAUGGCCACAGCAUUAGACAAGCUGACUGGCCUGGACAGAGGAGAAACCACAAAGAUUCGGUCUCGAACAUCCUCUGACUGUACUGACACAGCAUACAUUGUCAGACAGAGCAGUUUCAACAGCCAGGAAGGAAACGCUUUAAAACUUCAAGAGAGUAUUGAUCCACCUGGAGAAGAGCCUAUCUCACCAACCUCUCCGACACUAAUACCCCGCUUACGAAGUCAUUCCUUCUAUGCAGUGAACAUGAAGGACAAAUGCGGGCUGGAGAAGUUUGAAAGUAUUUUUAAAGAAAGGGCAGUAAGCCUUCAUCGUGCUAGUAGCUCUCACUCAGUGUCAAAAGAGCAAAAAGUACCUUUAGUGCCUACAAGCACUCUGUCAAUUGCCCCAGACUCCAGAAGACCUUCCUCCUGCAUAGACAUUUAUGUCUCUGCCAUGGAUGAACUACAGUCUGUUAUAGAACCCCUAGAUAGUUCAAUGAACAUACUUGGAACUGGAGACCCAGCUCUCCAAGCCCAGAUAGCUUCUAGUGUUCUCUCAAGUAGCGCCUAUGUAAGUGGUACUUUUGGUGACAAAAUUUCAGGAAGGAGUAUUGAUUAUGAAGAUCCCUCUUCAAUGGAUACAAGAGUUUUUUCUUCAGACUAUUCACAAAUCACAGACAGCCAAACCCCCUGGGACUCUGACCCUCCCCUAUAUCAUACCUUAGAGCGAUCUAAAAGCAGUCGAUACCUGGCUACUUCCCCAUUUCUUCUGGAGGAACCAUCUAUAGUCAAAUCUCAGAGUUUCAUGUUCUCUCCUUCUAGAAGCUACUUUAGCAGCCUUGGCAUGCCAGUCAAAACAGCAGAAUACACAAGCAUUACAGACUGCAUAGACACCAGGUGUGUCAGUGCUCCUCAAACCAUUGCAGAACGGUCCAGCUUCCCAGGAAUUCAUGGAGACAAAAUAGAUGACUUAGGAUGCUGCCACCCAGAGAGAGAAGCAGAACUAAGUCAUCCAAGCUCUGAUAAUGAGGAUACUGAAGCCAAAGAAAAAAGACCGGUUUCUUUGUCUUCUCAAGAUAGUAGCAAUACAUCGAGAACAUUGUCCAAUAAUAUACCGCUCCCAAAAAUAGAGCGGGCCAACAGUUACUCGGCAGAUGAAUCCAACUUGUAUGCCCACACAAGGAAAAGCUACUCCAUCAGCGACAAACUUGAUAGGCAGCGCAAUGCAACAAGCCUCCGAAAUACGUUCCAGAGGAGCAAGUCAUCCAAACCAGAAAGUCGGGGGGACACCUUGUCUAUGAGAAGACUCUCUAGAACAGGCGCCUUUCAUAGCUUUGAAAGCAAACACAGUUAGGUUUAGCAUGUGUGUAAUAGAAAAACUGCUUGAGAAUUUUGUCAGCUGUCUGGUUUGUUUCCUUAGCAGAAUGAUGUAACCUCAAACUACUGUAUGUCAGCAACAGCUGGCUUCUGCCACCAGUCAAGUUAGCACUUUGGUAAUCUCAUUGCAAAGCACUGAGGUUCUAUAUCUUGACCUAGUGGGCAUUUGCACUUAAUGGGGGAGUGGGGAGGGAAAUUAUAAAGACAUUUAAAAAAAAACCUUUAUGACAUCAUUCAUAAAUGGGUGAAAAAGUUCAGAAAUCUGCCUUUCAGAAAUGGAAUCUGUUGUUUAACAAAGAAAAACAAAACAACAUGCAUACUAAAAGGGUAAUGUUUUCAUUUUGAUUAUGUUGACUUUUACACCAGAACUAUCAUUGUGAUGGUUCAUGAAGGGCAUCUUUGUACUAUUCUAUAGGAACCCAAAGCAAAUCCAACCUUAAUUCCCCCAGUCUUUUCACAUCCCUACAUUUCUGUGUGAUCAAUGUAAAGUGGAGCAAGUUACCAAUCACCCCAACUUCACCUGUCUCUUUUUUGUAUUAACUGCUAGUGCCACAAAUUUUGAAGAAGGGAAGAAAAGAAAUGCCUUUUUUAUAGCAACAUGAAGGAAAGGGAAGAAUUUCUAUUUAAAUAAAUAAUCAUGAUUUCGUGUAUUAAACAGGCGUUUUAGCACAAUUGAGCAAGCUCAGGAUGAAUGUAAUUUAAGUGAAACAGUAAAUAUUUAUUUUUUUAUCAUCACUUGUCCUCAGUUUAGAAAGUACUUCAAGGAACUUUGUCGAAGUGUUGUGCUAAAUUGAUGAAAACGAGAGCAGGAUUGAUUUCAUGCUCACGCUGUUCUGUGCAGCAUUUCCAUAUUGUUAUUAAUGUAUUUGCAUUCCUUGAAAGUUGAGGGGAAGGAGUCAUUGCCAUGUUGUUCUACCUUUUCCACCAUUGAGCUGCCAUUAUCUUUUGUUAAGGCACAGUUGUAACAACAUUUCAAUAGCUAUAGUACUGUAUGGAAGUUUAUCAUAUGGUAUGAUCUUGGGUGAGCAUAGAACAACUGGAGUUGUUGAAUGGUAUUCUUUUCUCACCAAACAAAGACUUUUAGAGAUUAGUCAGAGCACUAAAGUGAAAAUAAGAUUUCUGAUAACUGCAAAAGCCAUUCCUUUAACAUAUGCUUCCAUUGUACAGAAAAGUAAAAUAGCAAGACAAUAAACCUGUCUCUGGAAUGUGAGCUACUCCCCCACUCCCUCCCUCUGGCCUAUCUUCCAACAGCAUCUG